AUGGUGCGGAAAUGGGAAGACGCGGCGCAGGCUGCGAAUCUGCUGCCUGCUGCUGCACGAAAAGUCGUGCACAACUCGCACAGUGCUCUAUGGGCUUUCGCCUCCUCUAAAACGCAGCCCCGGCGGGGCCCCUCUGCUGCGCCCGCCCAGCCCGCCGCCUCCGCAGCCCCGGGGGCCCCUCCGCGCCUGCAGCCAGGGGCCCCCGCCCCUCGCCCGCAGCAGGGGGCCCCCUGCAGCAAACAGCGCCAGCAGCAGCAGCAGCGCAGCACGAAAGGGGGUCGCAGCAGCCUGCUGCUCUCCUCCAGCUCCCCAGGGGGGCCCCCCAGUAUCAUGGGGGAGGGGCCCCCGGGGCCCUCAGUGCUGUCUGGCUCUGAUCAGGGGCCCGGGGGUGCUGCGCAGUCCCAGGAGUUGUGCCCCCCUUCGCCCUCGCAUUUGCAGCCUGCUGCGCCCGCUGCAGCAGCAGCAGCUGCAGCAGCAGCAGCUGCAGCAGCAGCAGCAGCAGCAGCAGCAGCGAGUCCCGCUGGCGACAGAAGCAGCGGCGAGAGCCUUGCUGCUCCAGCAGCAGCAGCAGCAGCAGCAGCAGCCACUGCCGCCGUGGAGCCGCUAGCCUCGCCUCAAGAGCCCAGGGGGGCCCCCAAGGGCCCCCAAAGCAAUGGGGGGGCCCCCAGCCCUCGUGGCUCUCUGGGGGCCCCCGCAGGCCCACAGCUUCCUGGCCCCGGCCACACACUGCAGGAAUCCAGCGAUGAACAGCAGCAGCAGCAGCAGCAGCAGCAGCAGCAGCAGCAGCAAAGAGGGAAUACGGCUGCAGAGGGAAAGUGCGGACGGCAGGACGGCUCCAAAGACGGAAUAAAGAGCCGACGGCGAAGUAGAGGGCAGCAGCUCAAACUGCAGCAGGAAAGCCAGAAGCAGCAGCAGCAGCAGCAGCAGCAGCAGCAGCAGCAGCAGCAGCAGCCGGUAAGCGCAGGUGAAGAAGCAGCAGGCCAUUUAUUGACGCAGGAGGCGGAGGGCCAGAAUUGCCAGCAGCCUCAGACCCACGAGGCACAAGAAGAGCAGCAGCAGCAGCAGCAGCUGCUGCUGCUGCUACAGCAGCAACACCAUGCUGCCCAGCAAGGGCAGCAGCGUGGAGGUUCGCAGCCGCAGAAGCACCAAUUGCAGCAGCAGCAGCAGCAGCAGCAGCGGCAGCAGCAGCAGCACAAAGAUGCCCCUCAGGAGCAGCUUGCGGAGGUAGCAGGCACCGGCAGAGACAGGCCGGGUGCUGCAGCAGGAAGCAGUGAUGCAGGAGCAGCAGCAGCUGGUGCUGUUGCUGCAAAUCCGGCUGGUGCUGCUGCUGCUGCUGCUGCUGCUGAUUCUCCUGCUGCUGCUGACGCUGCUGGUGAAGUGGCUGGUGCAGCAAAAUCAGCCCGUGAGGCAGCAGCAGCAGAAAGCCGCAGAGACUUUAUGUCGCUGCCUAGUUUGCCAGCUGGCGAGAGACCCGUGACCAGCAGCAGCAGCAGCAGCGGCAGCAGCAGCAGCGGCAGCAACAGCAGCAGCAGCAGCAGCACCAGCAGCAGCAGCAGCUCGGGCCUCAGUACAUUUCGGCACCCCUGGCGAAUCCCUUCAUCGGAAACAUCGUCGCAGCUCUUGUCGCAGCAGCGGCAGCUGUACCAUCCGCAGCAGCAGGAACGGCAGCGGCAGCAGCAGCAGCAGCAGCAGCAACAGCAGCAGCAGCAGCAGCAGCAAGGGUGUUCCCGCACAGCAACGCACGCAGCCCACAGCGCAGCUCACCGGUCCGCUGCUGGGCUUCGGUGCAGUAGGGGUGCGGCCGCAAGCCCCGCAGCCGCAGCAGCAGCUGCUGCUCCCGCAGCAGCAGCAGCAGCAGCAGCAGCAGCAGCUGGCAGCAGCCGGCUGGACUCGCUGUCUUCCUCGGAGCUGCCCCCAAACCCCAGACACCGCAAUCUGCUGCUGACGGAUCCGCUGCUGCUGCGGCAGCAAGCGCUGCAGGAGUUGGAGAGACACGGGCGCAUUCCCCCGGUGACAGCCUGCAGCAAGCUGCCUUUUCCCUACCUGAACGCAGCAGCAGCAGCAGCAGCAGCAGCAGCAGCAGCAGCAGCGGACGCCGCGGCAGCGCGCGGCGCCAGGGACUCCCAGAGGAGGCGCAGCAGCAGCAGCGCAGCCAGCAGCAGCAACGCCCCCGCCGACGCAGCAGCAGCGCCCGCGAAGCCCAAGGGAAUCUUCGGUUGGCUGCGGAGCCUUCUGCAGCUAGAUAGCAGCAGCAGCAGCAGCAGCAGCAGCAGCAGCAGCAGCAGCAGCAGCAGCGCGCAGAAAGCUAAGAGGCCCCCUGCCGAGCCGGCUUCUCCCCCCAGCGAGGCCAUCGAGCCCAGCCGAGACCCCGCGCUCCCGCAUCCCUCCAGCAGCAGCAGCAGCAGCAGCAGCAGCAGCAGCAGCAGCAGCAC